UUAACUGCUUAAUAACAACUUGUCCACCUUUAGAUACAGCCAGUACCAACGCAUGCUGAGCACUUUAUCACAAUGUGAAUUUUCAAUGGGAAAAACUCUGCUUGUCUAUGAUAUGAACCUCAGAGAAAUGGAGAACUAUGAAAAAAUCUACAAAGACAUAGAAAAUAGUAUAGCUGCAGCGCAUGAGAAAAUUGCUGAAUGCAAAAAGCAGAUCCUGCAAGCAAAAAGAAUACGAAAAAAUCGCCAAGAAUAUGAUGCAUUGGCUAAAGUGAUACAGCACCAUCCAGACAGACAUGAAACAUUAAAGCAGCUAGAAGCUUUGGGAAAAGAACUUCAACAUCUUUCUCACAUUAAAGAAAAUGUUGAAGAUAAGCUGGAAUUGAGACGAAAGCAGUUCCAUGUGCUUCUGAGUACCAUCCAUGAACUUCAGCAAACUUUGGAAAAUGAUGAAAAACUUUCAGAAGCAGAGGAAUCCCAAGAAACUCACAUGGAAGCAGAGACUAAACAAUAGACAGACUUUGGACUUACCUGAGAAUUUCCAUAGCUCUUGAACUUUUUUUAAGAAAUAAAAUCUUGCUGCCACUUCUGUGAAUUUGUAUGAAUACUUGUUUUGUUAGUGCUACAGUCAAACAGUUACUGAUCAGUAAAAAGCCUUCAUAGACAAAGUGUGGCCAGGCACUGUAUUUGUUUUAAUACAAAAAGCUUUAUAUUUUGUGAACUAGGAAAAUAUUUUAGGCUUUUAAGUUGCAGAGUGAAACGUUUCUGUACGGUAAUCAGCUACGAUGAUAACAGUGUUGGAAAUAAAACGUGUUUACAAAUAA